CGGCGCUGAGGAGAGCUGCUCAUCCACCAAGCAAUUCCUGGCGCAGAGACUCUAGCGAGCCGGAGCUUCCACAGCGUUUUCGCGAGAAUGCUGCAAGCUUUGACUGUCGCCAACAAUCUGGAGAGCAGUUUUGCGUCACCACACUCGACGUAGCCAUGGCAUCGACGCUGUUCACAAUGUCUAUCAAGCCUUGUAUCGGCCGGGUUUGCCAGGAUCCAAGAUGGGGCCGAUGCUUCAGGAGAUGCUACAGCGAGAAGCCGCAGCUCGUCAAGGCUAUGACGACGAUUAUCUCGGGGCUUCAAGCUGCGGCUUGCUCCAAGCACUAUGAACUGUGCCAACAGGAAUUCGUGAUCCCUGAUUGGCAAGGCAUUGACAGGAUCACAAAACCCGGCACAUACUUACACAGUUCUCGUCUCAGUGGAAUUGACAUGAAGAUAAUGACUUCUUGCUUCAUCAUGGUGCCCCAUACGAGUACACCAAGUUCAUCGGCACUCUGACGUCUCUGGUGAAGGAAGGUUUCAUCUCCAUGGACAGGAUUGAUGACACGGUGCGGAGACUUCGCUUUGUGAUGUUCUCUGCGGGUUUGAUCGGCGUAAGCGGCCCUCGAAGCUCAAACUUUCGGAUUUUUAUACGUAAGCUUUCCUGCUAGGCUCACAGA